GAGCGUUGUUUUGGUGCGGUAACUAAGCCAAGUAGUGAUCUACCCUGUAACCGAAAAAGGUCAUAACGUCUGUUGCAUUCGCAAUAGUUUCGUGACAACAUCAGCACAAAGAGGAAAACUCAAUAAUCAAUUGAUUGGAGGAUAUACAGUAGAACAUUGUAGUUAAAGUGGAGUAAAAAGAUGGGGAGAAAUGGUGAGAUCCACGAGUACUGGUGACCUGAGGGUCCUCUUGGCUGAGGAUUUAUGUGACAAUACGAGAAACAUGGAAACCCGUGGCCGUAGCAAGCGGUUACGCGGUGUUGUGGGUAUUUGCGUACUGCUGACACUGACUGGUAUCAUUUAUUUUGGAUACUUCUGCCCGGACCAUGUAUGUGCAUUGACUAAUCGUGAUAUCAAAGAGUCAACAAGAAUUGCCGAGGGUCUGGUCCAGGGGAACAGCAUCCUGACGACACUUGGUAGUCUUGACAAUGAGAAAAAUUCUAUUGCUAAUGUACAUCCGUUGUUCAAACUUCAAAGUGUCCAGGGGAGUCUGGGAUACGAGGAUAUAUUUAAUAAUGACACUUUUCAGUUUGAUGUCAAUGCACAUGAUGUUAUGGUCUUUCUUCACAUACAAAAAACUGGAGGAACACUAUUUGGCAAACACCUAGUACGUGACUUGGAUCUGCAGCGUCCUUGCUCAUGUCAGCGUCGUAAAAAACGUUGCUAUUGUUUUCGUCCCAAUAGAGAUGAACAUUGGUUAUUCUCACGUUAUUCAACCGGUUGGAAAUGUGGAUUACACGCUGAUUGGACAGAAUUGACAAAUUGCGUUGAUAGUGAAUUGAAUAAGAUCGAGAGUGAUACUAUAAAACGACGCUAUUUUUACAUAACGAUAAUACGUGAUCCUGUGGCACGUUAUUUGUCGGAAUUUCGACAUGUACAGAGGGGAGCUACAUGGAAAGGUGCUAGACACUGGUGUGGAGGGGCCCUGGGAAAUAUUCCUUCGUGUUAUAAUGGCCCUAAUUGGCAGGGGGUGACUCUGGAGGAGUUUAUGGCAUGUCCGAAAAAUUUAGCUAGCAAUCGACAGACAAGAAUGCUGGCUGAUCUAUCACUAAUCGGAUGCUAUAACUCAUCAUUAUCGAGUGCUGAGAGAGACUACAUAAUGCUGGAGAGUGCUAAACGCAAUCUGCAGUUUAUGCCCUUCUUCAUGCUGACUGAGUACCAAAAAGUGGGUCAAUACUCAUUCGAAGAAACUUUUGGUAUGCGUUUUGCGGUUGCAUUCGAACAGCACAAUGCAACUCAAAGUGCGGCUACAAUGGCAACUCUGACGCCUCAACAGUUGGAUGAGGUGAAAAGAUUGAAUAAACUCGAUUUACAAUUGUACGAGUUUGCUAAGGAUUUAGCGAUGCAAAGAUUUCGCCGCUUGCGCGAUAAAGAUCCUUCAUUCGUACAGCGUUUUCAGCAUCUCGGUGAGUUACCCUCACGACAAAGUGCCACUGAGUUCAACUGGGAUUCAGUUAUCGAAGAUACGACUGAUAAUGAUUGAGCAAUCAAUCAUAACUAUCAAUUUUUUUAUUAUUUUCUUGAUGUGAAGAAGUGAGAGCGAAUUGUUUGCAACUCAGGGAAUUUUCCCAUUCAGCUUAGAUGUUUAUUUUAAUCGUUCAUUCAUUUUAUUGAAUACCAAAGAGAUUUUUCUGGUAACAAAGAGUGAUAUCAGUCAAUUAUUUUUUUAUUACUCUACAGGUGAAAAAUUAUUUCCAAUUAUUAAUCAGUUACUGAUAUUACUCGAACUAAACUCAUUGUACACAUUAAAUCUGUGGAGAUGUGAUGAGAGACGAUGGGUCCAGAAAAUGCAGAACUAGUAUUUUGUAAAUAUUUCCGAAAUCAAUGGGUUUAUUCGAAAAUAACAAAAGACUUUUUUACAAGUUUAAUUCAUUUAAACGCAUUUUCUUUGGAGAAAUUUACAAAACAAUUUGUGAAAGAUUUUUUGGGCUUCGCUUCCAUUAUUUCACUGCUAAAACUAAUUAUAAAAAUCGAUUAUCAAUGAUUGUUCUUCCGCAUACGCAUACUUAUUUACAUAUCAUUGAAUUUAAUCAAUUAAUCAAUGCCGAGUGAUUCUUUUUAAUAAAAGUAAUUUUGUAAAAAAUAUUGUAUGAAGGAAAAUUUUUCGUUGGUUUUACCUCGAAAUGGGGAAGACAAUUUAAAAAAAAAUACAACUUUCAUAAAAAACUUGGAAAAAAAUACAGAAACCAAUAAAAAUAAGCCAAGUCAGGGCUCAAGAAAAAAUCUGUAAAGACAGAACCAACGACCUUAGCGCGGGUCAGAACAUUGAAAAUUAGAUUGAUAUUAGGCAGUGAUUGCAAAAACUCCGCGCAAAUUAUUUUAUUGAUUUUUGUUAUUUUGUUAUUUUAUUGGUUUUUGAAAAUUUCUUUUAAAUUUUUUAUGAAACUUGUAUUUUUCUAGACAAUUGUCUUCCUCAU